UUGGUUUCUAUUCUCAAAACGAUGAUACCCCAGAUCAAACCCUAGCAACUUUUUCACCUGAAGAUGUUCUUUUGGUAACUAGCAAAUUUUGGUUUGUUGAAAACUUAGAUGACGAAGGAAAAAAAUUUCCUGUCUUAAAAAUUGUUUUGCACCACAUUGUUCAAUUAACUAUCAAUCCGACUGAUUUGCCUGCAUUUCCCUUAUUAAUCAACAUGACUGCUAUUGUAGUUGAACCCUCAUAA